UUGUAUUUUACGAUUAUAAUCUCUCUCCUUUGUGUUUCUCUGUUCUCUCGUUUGGGGAGGUUCGAUGAUGGCCACCGUUGAAUCGAAGGGGUUGUGGAGAGCACAAUUACAAUGGGUUUUCUACAACCCCAUCUUGAAACCCUAAAUCGGACGAGACGGAGAAGAAUUGAAUCGAAUUGAAUAUUGGGAUGGAACGGAAGGGCAUCCUCCGGCGGCGGCCGCGAGGCGGAAGGGCAUCGGGACGCGAGUGUGGCUUGUGGUGUCGGAAUCGGGAGAGUCGCACAUGGAAGAGGUCGGGAAGCACUCGAUCAUGCGGCGGACGGGGCUGGCUGGCAGGAGAAGGUAUUCUCGGCAGAGAAGGCUGCCAGUGCUCUUAAUUUAUAACAAUUAGGAUUGCAAUGACUACUAUAUGCCUGGGGUCGUGACACAUGGAUACAAACUACCCACAUGACAAGCUACCCAAGGCUCAAAGUACUACACAACCCACAUGACGAGCAACCCGGGUCUCCAAGUACUGAAACUUUAUCCUGGUGCAUAUCCAGUAUAACCAAAACUAACCAUGUUCGUGAAGAUAAUCUGUUUUUUCAUGAAGAGGGAGGUGCUUAUUGCGGAGAUGAUGCAUUUAAGUUGUUUUCUUGUUCGGAUCGCAACCAAUUUCAACUCCAGUUUCAAGGAAGGAAGAUUGGAGUGGCAUUUAAAAACUGGCACUUAAUAUCAUCUUUUCCAACAAAUUAGAUGGGUGUCCAAGUAGAUAAAGCUGUUUGCUAUCAACAAUCACAAAGAAAGCAAGAGAGAUUUCAAACCCACCAGAGUUUUCAGCCGACGACGACUGAGGUGAGGUGGUGGUUGAAGAAGAGAAGAGAUUAAUAAUCAAGGCAAGAUGGAGAAGAGGUACUUGACAAGUGAGGAUAUAAAAGACAUUGAGACGGACCCUAACUGUUCCCCAUUCGAGUACUUGAGACGGAUAUCAAUGGUUGCAAAUCAUAUAUACAGGGAAGAGAAGAACUCCAUCAAAGUACCGGAUAACCCACAACCAGAGUCUACUUGUUCUGAUCAUUCCUCCAUCGUCCAAAGACAACCAGCAGCCAGCAGCAAGUCCCAAGCCCCAAUACUAGUGAUGGGCGGCUCAUCUUCUUAUUUUGCCGACUGCAUCACAGAAGUAGCAAUGAUAGAGGUCGUUCGCUGCCGGGACGAUGAAACAAACAUUAGUAGUGCCAACAGAGAAGAGGAGAAGAAGACGAAGAAAAAGAGGAAAAAGAAUGAAAGUGAUUCCAACAAUGGUAUCGAGCCCGAUUUGCCCAGGGAGUUGAUGGAUCGGAUCAACACGUCAAACGGGAGCGAGGUGAAGCUGGUAAUCCAGAAUGUGCCAUCGGAGACAGAUUUGAGCGAGAGCCACAACCAGGAUGACGAAACAAACACUGAUAGUGUCAAUAGAGAGGAGAAGACGAAGAAGAAGAAGAUGAAGAUGAAGAUGAAGAAGAAGCAGAACGAGAGUGAUUCCAACAGGGAUGACAAUAAUGGCGCAGAGCCCGAGUUGCCCAGGGAGUUCAUGGAUUGGAUCAACAGGUUAAACGGGAGCGAGGUGAAGCUGGUGAUUCAGAAGGUGCUGUCGGAGACGGACUUGAGCGAAGGCCACAACCGGUUGUCGAUGCCGUUAAGCCAAGUAAGAGCCGGGGACUUCCUGAGGGAAGAGGAGGCGGCGGCGUUAAGGCUGCACGAGGGCAGGAGUGUGAAGGGCAUAAAGGUGGUGCUGUUAGAGCCCUUUGGGGAGGAGCAAUGCACGUUGACGUUGAAGAGGUGGGAUAUGAAGAAGAAAGAGGGCAACACCAGCUCUUCCUAUGUCUUCGUGGAGAAGUGGAAGUCAGUUUGCAAGAGGAAUCGACUCAAGCCCGGCAUGCCCAUCCAGGUUUGGUCCUUUCGCCUGCCGUCUGGGGACUUGGCUUUUGCCCUCGUUGUCCUAAAUCAUCAUCAUCAUCAUCAUCAUCAUCCAUGAGAUCCAAUUUAUUUGUCCUUUUCUGUUAACUGUGUCUGAUUUGAGACACUUACUUAGUCUCUGUUUCUUGCAACAAGUUUUAAUUACCAGUUAUGACAUUAGUAUGAGGAUUGAAAGCUAACAUUGUUAACAACAUCAUAUCUCCAGAUGCAAUAGCAGAAGGGUUUCCAUACAUUGAACUAACUUCUGUAUUGUU